ACAAUAAUUCAAAGAAACAACUUAGCCGCCUUUGACCACACUAAGAUACAACUCGUCCUUCACACUAGCCACAAAGAGGCUCCUGUAAUUUGAGCCUCUGUUUCUCAUUGGCCUAUAUAUUAUACUGGCCAUAGUUUUACCAAAUAGGAAGGAAGCACAUAACCACUAUAGAAGUUAUCUUUCAUUCAUGGCCAACCAAUACCAUCCAUUCCUUCUCCUAUGCCUUCUCCUUCCUCUUCUUUCCAUAGCUUCUUCUUCCUCCCAUAAACAUCAUCAAGACCAUCCAGCCUUAAAAUCCCUACACUUCUCCCUCUACCAACAUGAAACCAUCAACCAAACCGGUUAUAUUAUCGUCAACGGUGUCGCCGGAGCUGGAGUUGGCCAAACUACCACCCCUUUCGGCACCAUAUUUGUCUUCAAUGAUAAAAUGACCACCAAACCGGACUCGAACUCUAAUGUAAAAGGCAUCGCCGAAGGCACUUCUAUAACUUCUAGUUUGGAUGGCCUCCGGAGUGUAUCUUAUGCUAAGAUCACACUCAAAAUCAAUGGGUACCAAGGCUCCAUUUCCAUUGUCGGAGGUACUCAUAAUAUUAAGCCUGCAGACCACCCUGUUGUUGGAGGCACUGGGGACUUUAUGUUUGUUCAAGGCUUUGUCAGGUCAUCACCGGUUGAUCUCCAGGGUGUGACUGUUGUUUAUAAAAUUGAGUUCCAUCUCUAUUGGCCUCCUUAUGCUGCUGCUGUCCAUGGUUUUUGAAGUGAACUUCAGUUGGGUAGUUAGAACUAAAUAAGUCUUGUUUACGUUGGAUGCCUUGUACCAGUCAUGAAAUAUAUAUAUAUAUAUAUGUAUGUAUGUAUGUAUUUAUCAGAACUAUUUAUUCUUGAUAUUUAUUGGCUUUCCUUGACUUUGUUC